GGGGCCGCGGUGACAGCGGGCUUCCCUGGGGCUGUGGGUUCCCUCGCCCUCCGCCGGGACUACAGCUGGGUCAGUGGGAAGCCUGGCGAGUGGGCAGAGAUCUUGCGGGGAGUUUUGCCGGGUUACGUGUGACGCGGGGUCUGCUGUCAGGCCGGAGCUGCGCUGGCAACCAGCGCCAGAGGGGCAGAAGAGUCCGUGCGGUGCGCACGGGGGGAAUAGGUGAGCAGUGGGUAUGGAUAUGGACAGUUUUUCCUCAGGCUCUUCCCUGCAGUGCCUUGCCAAAUUACUACAGGAUGCUCAAGAAGAGGAUGAUGAUGAUGAUGUGUCAUGCUGCAGUUCUGUUGGUGCCCUGACUCCUGGGACUAUUGGACCAGCAAAGAAGGAGACCACUGGUACUUUUCAAGUGAAAUCUGAAAACAGGAAAACUAUUUGGAAUACGGAGGAGGUCCCAGAAGGAUCUGAGUUUGAUGAUACCUGGGACCCCAGAGAACAGCCAGAGUAUGAGAUUUUAUUCAAGCAGUCUGUGGGAACAGAGGAUGUCUUCUUUGGGAUGACAGGGAAAGACCCUUCCACUGCCUGCUGUGAGGAUAUAGUGAUUAAAAUCAAGCUGCCAGAGACAAAGUACUCAGACAUCACAUUAGAUAUCCAGGACAAGGUUCUUGACCUUCGAACUCCCAAAAAGAAGCUGCUGCUGCACCUCCCCUACCCUGUCAACAGCAAGGAGGGUAGAGCUCGCUUUCUCUCUGAAGAGGAGAUCUUGGAAGUCACCUUGAGAGUAUCCAGGCAGUUUGAUUUCCUGAAUUUUGCUGAUGGAUAGAGAGAUAGAGAAAGGUUGAAAAAAACCCUAAUCUUCUGGUGUGAAGUCUUCUUGAAACCCAACUUGUCAUGAAAUAGUAAAUUGUUUCCCUUGAAGAGCCCAGGGGGGAGUAUCUCUGGAGAAAGGAGCCAGGAGGAACACAGCACCCACAGGUACUAAAAGCUGAGCCUAUCUGGCUCUUGUGCUGCUCUGGUUAGCUUUCUGCUUCCUUCAGUCUGAUACAGGCUCUGUGAAGCAGAAAGUAGGAGAUUACAAUUCUAUAAGCCAGAGAAAGCCUUUUGUGUGGUUGUGGCUGAGAGGCAGCACAGUGAGUCUCUGGUCAAUUAGUCUGGUGCUCAGGUACUGUUUCAAGACUUACAAGUGCUAAUACCCUUGCUUGGUCCCCAGUGCUGUGACUGGGGCCGGUUCAGAAUCUCCUUUCACCCUCAGUGAGAAGACCAAAGCUCUUCUGGGAUCCAUAUGCACAUCUGAGGCUCCUUUACACUGGCAGAACAAGUUAACCAGCUACAGUUGGAUUGUUGAAAAUCUCUGCGCUCUUGAAUGAUUUUUGACAAUGUCUGGCUCAGUGUCUUCUGUUCACCUGCUGUCCCUCCAGCUAUUUUCUGAUCUUUCAUGAUUAAUAAAAUAAUGUGUUCUAAGGAA